GCCGAGAACACGCUGCUUACGCUUCUCGGAAAGGACACGGACUCGCUCAUCAGCUACCGAGGCGGGCCAACCAAGGAGCUGGGGGCGUACGCCCACCGGUGGCUCAAGCUGGUGGGCGAGGAGUUCCCCGACCAGGUCACCGAGGGUCUGCUCAAGCGGCCGCGCGGCAUCGAGUGCACCAUCUCCGUCCUCGGACCUGUCAAGGACUCGUCCCGCGGCGCGCAGUGGCUCACGGUCAAGAUCAAGGAGAACAAGUCGGAGGAUGAAGAGGCGGCGCCCGACCCGACGGCGAUGCACAUGCUCUGGCUCUCCGCCGAAUUCGGCGUCGUGCAGAAGCAGCUCUCGCGCCUCAACCCAGGGCAGCGCGCUGCUCUGUGCGGGCUCGACGGCGCCGUGACGGUGGUGCAGGGUCCGCCCGGCACGGGCAAGUCGUCUUUCAUCACCGCCGCCUGCCUGUCUCGCGUCCCGGCCGGGUCUCGCAUCCUCGCGUGCACCGCCACAAACAAAGCCAUCGACUCGCUCGUGGCGAAGCUCGAGGCUGCCGGUCUGACUCAGAUGUUGUGCGUUGGCUCGCGCCGGGCGAUGGGGGAGGCGUCCUGCCGCUACCUCAUGAGCAGUGUGCUUGCGCGCGACGGCUUCGUCGCCGCCGCAGAGACGGCGAUCGAGCAACACUCCGCCAACGUGCGUCGGAUCGAGGCGGAGUUGCGCGAGCUGCCUGUCCCAGAUGCCGCACUGCUCAAAGCGGGGGGAGGCAAGAGCGGAGGCGGCGGCGGCGGCGGCGGAGGCGGCCGCGGCGGGAGGCGCGGCAAGGCCAAGGGCCGCGGCGGGGAAGCGGGCGGCGGUGGCGGGGAAGCGGCGCCCAACGGCGGCGGCGGCGAGGGCGACGGGAGCGACGGCGGCGACUCGGGCGGCGAUUGCGGCGGCCGCGAUGAUGAUGGUGUCUCCGCCGCCACCACCGCCGCCGCCGCUACCAGUGCCGACGCGAAGAAGUUGGAGGCGCGGCGCGCGGAGGUGAAGAAGCGGCUCAAGGCGGAGCAGGAGAGCGUGCGGCGGCACACGCAGACGAUGGGCGAGCGCAAGGGGAGCACGCGGCGCCAGGUGUGGAAGGAGGUCCGGCUGGUUGCUUGCACAGCGUCGGCGGCGCUGCAGGCGGCGGCGAUGCUCGAGCCAGACGCCGUCGGCUGCUUGCUGCACGGCGCGCGCGCGGCGCUGCUGGUGGGCGACCAGCUGCAGCUGCCUCCGUUCUCAAAGUGGAAGGACGCGGACACCGCGCGGUACACGGCUCGGCUCGCCGCCGCCCGCAACCCGGCCGCCUCCCCCUCCCUCGGCCGCGGGAAGGGGGCCUCGCCGCUGCUGGGCAAGGGCGGCAAGGGCGCCGGCCGCGGCGUUGGCCGCGGCGCCGCUGCCGCACCAGGCGUCCCUGGCGCGGUUGCGGGCGAGCCUUACCCCGGCCAAAAGACAUUUAUGCUCACGGAGCAGUACCGGAUGCACCCCGCCAUCAACAAGAUUGUCUCUUCCACCUUCUACUUCAACAAGCUCAUGACGGCCCCGUCGACGGCGCGCGCGCGGCAGCACCCUCUCCCCGCCUGCUUCGUCAACGUGACGGGCGGGCACGAGGAGUUCCAAGAGCGCUCCUGCUUCAACAAGAAGGAGGCGGAGGAGGUCGUCUCGCUCGCGCUGCACUGCGUCGAGUACCUCGGAUUCUCCCAGGAGCGCAUCAACGUCCUGUCUUUCUACAACGCGCAGCGCGACAUCCUCGAGCGCAUGCUGGCGCGCGCGCAGCUGGAGGACGUAGCCGUCCUGUCCGUCGACUCGAUGCAAGGGCGCGAGGCGGACGUCAUCAUCCUUAGCUGCGUCCGAGCGGACGUCGCUGGCGGGCUCGGCUUCGUCGCCGACGCGCGGCGUGUGAACGUGGCGCUGUCCCGCGCGCGCGAGUCGUUGGUCGUCUGCGGCUCGUCGGUCUGCCUCGAGGUUGAGCGCAUCUGGCGGCGGUCGGCCCUCAAGGGGAUGCAAAAGUUCGCGUCGGCGCGGGCGUGCCAGGACGGCUUCGAGGCCAACCUCCCGCCAAACUGGGCGAUGCCGCGGCUGCUCUCGCCGGCGCCGAAGCCUGGCGGAGCGCCCCUCGGCCUGGAGCCGAGUCUCGCGGAGCGCUCCUCGGGCGCCGACGGCGACUUUGACGAGCCCGAGCCCGAGGCGGAGCCGGGCGCGGAGCGGUUCGAGCAGCGCGACUCGGGCGUGCCCGACGCGUGGGACGCGAGCUCUGAUGACGACGCGCCGGCCGAGGAGGAGAAGCCACCGGCGGCGAUGGAGGGGACGGUCUCCCUCAGCCCUUCCCUCUGAGCGCGCGCCUUUGGGGAGGGAGGGAGGUCGGAUGGUUCGCGCUGCGGGUCGCGGCGGAACAGACAGUCAGCGGCGGUUGGAUGCGUGCACGGCCCUUGAUUAUUUCAAGGAAGUACAUGAUCUCUGGCAUAUUCAGCAGCGCGGGACGGGGAGGGAGGGGGGUGGAUCCGUAAAUCCGUAA